AUGGGGUCUACGGUCGAUAUCGGCAGACGCAUCGUGCAAUUGUUUUGGGACCCUGAACCGACUAAUGAUAUUGUCCGAGACCAACCGGUCUGGUGUCUCGGGUCCUCUUACAAGCUUAACAAUAGCAAUAAUAACAGCACCAGCAACCACUCCAGCCCAAAGCAAGACACACCUUCGACUUCCGAAUCACCAGCUAAAGAUGUCAUACAAGCUCCUUCUAGACUCCCAGAGACUCCUCCCGACUCUACCUCUAGCAGUUUCGAUUCUUAUCUCGCUUAUGACGAAGCACCUCUAGAUGGAGGUUGGCCUCCCGCAUUCCUUGAUGAUUUCGAAUCCAGGAUAUGGAUGACUUACCGAUCCGAGUUCGACCCCAUAGCCAAGUCGCAAGACCCCAAGGCCCUCUCCGCCCUGUCUUUCUCCAUGCGCCUCAAGAGCCAGCUGAGCGACCAGAAUGGAUUCGCCUCGGAUAGUGGAUGGGGUUGCAUGAUCAGAUCCGGCCAGAGUUUGUUGGCCAACGCCAUGCUAGUACAUCGUCUUGGUCGAGGAUGGCGGAGGAAUACGCCGAACGUGGAAGAGAACAAGAUUCUAUCUUUAUUUGCCGAUGACCCACGGGCACCAUAUUCAAUACAUAACUUCGUACGUCACGGCGCUUCUGCGUGUGGAAAAUACCCGGGGGAAUGGUUUGGUCCUUCAGCAACUGCGAGGUGCAUUCAAGCUUUGACGAAUUCGACCGAGCCGACGUUACGCGUCUAUUCAACGGGAGAUGGACCAGAUGUCUACGAAGAUAAAUUCAUGAAGAUCGCCAAACCUGAUGGCACGACUUUCCACCCGACAGUGAUAUUAGUUGGCACACGUCUAGGUAUUGACAAGAUUACGCCUGUCUAUUGGGAAGCUCUUACAGCAUCCUUGCAGAUGCCGCAGUCGAUUGGUAUUGCUGGCGGACGUCCGUCAUCAUCGCAUUACUUCAUCGGCGUCCAAGGUCUCCACUUCUUCUACCUGGAUCCGCAUUUCACACGACCGGCCUUACCCUAUCACGAAGACCCCAGCGACUAUACGCAGGAAGAAAUCAAUACCUGCCACACAAGAAAAUUACGGCGGCUACAUGUCAAGGAGAUGGAUCCCAGCAUGCUCAUAGGAUUUCUAAUUCGCGACGAGGAAGACUGGAAGGAUUGGCGGAGAAGCGUGAAGCAUGUCCAGGGUAAAGCCAUCAUUCACGUGUCAGACCACGACCCAAUCGCACAGAUGGAGGAGGCUGGAGGAGCUAUAGAUGGCGUUCAAACUCUGAGUGACGAAGAAGAUGACGACACGGCUCUUGAGGAGUAAUAAACGAAUAUCAGGCGCAAUAUGCUAUCGGAUCGGUUAGGAGACUACCACUAGGUAAUUGUCAGGCGUUAAGGUGUGGGACAUGGAGGACUAUGGGAUAAUUAUUGAUGGUGCAAAUAUCCGAGCACCCACCGCAGUACUUUGGCAAGCUGUGAUUCCUUAUACUGGGCGACCGGGGAUGGAAAUAGGUAUUAUCUUAGUAAUGCCUCCCGUAUUUUAUAAGGAAGGCCAUGUGAUAGUAGAAUAAGUCGGGUUUGAGUGGAAGGGGAAAUGCUUGGUAGCGUUACUAGAUUUAAGGGUGGUCCAGUUGAUUUGACACAACCUUCCAGAACGCCUAUGUAGCAAACAUCUACCGUCGCUUUUUGGUGGG